CAUUUCGUCAAGUCAUGGACCAAAAUGUAGACAAUGAUCUGCAAGGCACUGAUGGUUCAGGGUCUCUUGGAGGACCCGAUGUCCGUAAACGGAUCCCCAUUAAGCUACUCUCUAAACAGACUAUACAAAGUAAGCCAGUUGCUAGGCCUCAGCGCCCAACCUCCAGGCUACCCUCCAAAGCACAAAGCGGUGGGGAUGACGAGAGCUUCAGCUAUAAGCAGGAGGAAAGGUUUGAAUGCAAAGCUGGGGAUGCCUUUGGUAGCCAACGGAGAUUCCCUCAGCCCCUGGUCUGGGACUAUGAGCUCAAUUUGAUUGGUGAAAAAGAUGACAAACCUGCGCAUUUCUGUGACAAAUGUGGCCUGCCUAUAAAGAUAUAUGGACGUAUGAUUCCAUGUAAACAUGUUUUCUGCUAUGAUUGUGCAGUGCUCUUUGAGAAGAAAUGUGACAAAAUGUGCCCAGGUGUGUCUCUCUACAGCUGCACAGACCCAGUCCAGCGCAUUGAGCAGUGCCAGCGUGGUUCCCUCUUCAUGUGCAGCAUUGUACAGGGCUGCAAGCGUACCUACCUCUCCCAGAGAGACCUACAGGCUCAUAUCAACCACCGCCACAUGAAGGCUGGGAAGCCCGGGGGUUCACGCCCUGGACCUCUGCACCCAACCCCAGCCUCUGACCCCCCCGACCGCUUCCGCCUGCCUCCACCCCUACACCUGCCCAAAUCGCACACCCUGAUCCCUCCACCUCUGCCGGGCCACGAGGCCUACAGCCAGCAGCUGCCUGCCUCCCCUUCCUCCUCUGACCUGGGGCCUUCCUCUCGACCACUUGUGCAGGAAACCUUCCGCAUUGCCACUGUUACCACGCGCAAGCACAGCAACCUCAUCACUGUGCCCAUUCAGGAUGACUCAGGAAGCUCUGCCCCCUCCCCUCGUGAGCACCUCCCCCAGAACCCUCCCGGCCCUCACCAUCACCCUGGUGACUACCCCGGCCAGCCAGUGGUGUCACACCCCCAUCAUAUGAUGGCCCCACCCCAGCAGCAGCACUAUGGGCCCCCACCGCCUCCGCCUCCCCCCCUGAGCCAUCCCAUGCAGCAUCCGCCACAAGGCACUGCUGCACCUCACAUGUACAACCAGGCCCCGCCAAUGACCACAGGACCGCCACCAAUCAACCCUCCGCCAGGACACAUCAUUGGGCAGAUGCCUCCCUUUUUGAACCACCCUCCACCAGGCCCUCUUCCCCAACAUGGUGGCCCGCCCGUAAGUGCCCCUCCUCCCCACCACUAUAACCCCAGCUCCAUGCCACAGGACCAAGGCACUCUCAGCCCACCCUUUAGCCAGCCUGGGGGGUUGAGUCCAGGCAUGUGGCCAGCUCCACGAGGCCCACACCCGCCCCGCAUGCAGGGCCCACCGCCGCAAGGCCAGAUGACUGGUCCACACCACCCCGAUCAGUCCCGCUACAGACCCUAUUAUCAGUAAGAGAAUGGUUCACACAGACAGUCUGAACAGAGAAUUUGGCAUGUGUUUCUCACUCUGAGUCCACUGCUAGAAGGCAUGUGUAUGUUUCUUUUCUGUGUAACUUGAUAUAAUGUGUGAUUAUAAUGUUCUUGUAAUAAACAUG